GCACCUCCUCCAGCCUCGGUAGCCACGUCAACCCCAACCUCGUACGAAACUAGUCGCCCAUCUACUACAUCAACCGUCGCCACAGCCUCUAGUUUGUCACUUCCGAGGGCCUGCUCUACAUGGGUCAUCGAAAAGCUCUCAGAGGGAGCAGCGCCCCUCGCAUUAGACCAAGUUCAGAAGGGGAUAGGGAGGCCCAAGACAAUCCCUAUCACUGGAACUGAGUGGUUAGCUCCGGAUACAAGAUCCCAGCAGGCGUAUCUGGAUUCUUAUGAGACCCUUGGUGAACUAGAAGCGUUUAAGCUCGUGAUGCGUCAAGGCUGCAUCUCCGCUCCGCGUCUCCUUGGCUACAUCGAGACGGAACAAGGGAGAGAGGAAGCUGUUCCUGGUGGCUUUAUUAAAUACCUCGUCCCGGGGGAGUCCCUCACACAGGAAUUGUUUUGGAGCUUAGAUUGCCCCACGCGUGACGAUAUCCGCGCUAGGUGUCGCGUUGCUUUAAAAGAGGUUCUUUGCUGCCAUGUAGUGCCGCAGAUGUCUGCUAUUCCAAAGAUGAUCUAUGAGCAAUUCACGGGUAAUGUGUACGUUAAGCGAAGGGUUCUCGACAUGCCAGAAAGAUUUACUGAUAAUUUCCAGUCGAAUUUCGGGGAUUCGAAUGGCAUGGCUAAUUCGGAUACAUUUUUGAAUGGUCAGAGACUUACUAUGUCGCACCCUGACUUGCUAAGCCCCGGGACGGAGAUUUCUGAGGUUGUUGACAGGUUAAAUAUGAUCUGA